UUCUAGUGAAGAAGAAGAGAUCGUCACUGUGCUGAUGUGCUCAGCCAUCGUGUCAGCGCUGGCAGAGCGGAAGCCUUCAAAGAAGAAGAGGCGGUGGUGGGUGCGACCGUCCCUUCGCUCGCGAGAGGUUGCUGGCCACGCAAGCCGCCUGCUUCCCGACCUGCGCUCGCACGACGAAGAAUAUUUCCGAGACUUCCUGCGAAUGCCGCCAAGAACUUUUGACACAUUGCUAGAGCUGCUGCGUCCCGCCAUCUCGAAGCAAGACACUAACUACCGGCCUGCAAUUUCGGCGCACGAUCGCCUGGCCAUGACCAUUAGGUUUCUGGCCACAGGCGAGACGCAGAGGGACGUGGCCUUUAACUUUCUUGCAGGAAGGCCCACAGUCAGCUCUAUAGUGGCGGAGGUUACUCAGGCCCUUUGGCUUGUACUCGAGCCACUGUACCCCCAGCACCCUUCAACGGCAGAUGAGUGGAUGAAGAUAUCACAGGGGUUUCACGAGAGGUGGAAUGUCCCUCACUGCCUUGGAGCAAAUGACGGAAAGCACGUGACCAUAGAGUGCCCUGCUAACUCCGGGUCCGUGGACUUCAAUUACAAACGGUCCUUCAGCAAGUCGCUGGUUGCUGUGUGUGAUGCCCAAUACAGGUGA